UUGAUUAUUUUGAACGGGUCAAGAUGGCGGAGGAGAGCGGGUUGAAGCAUCGGAAUCACUCUCAGCAAAAUUGCAAAAACAGCAUUUUCGACGAAGGUGGGCAUGGGGUGGAGGAUGUGCCUCAUAAGAUGAGCCCUGAGGAAGAGGAGGCCCUGUUAUCGGCGGAAGACGUGUUGUCGGCCAGGCCGGUCCAGAUCGUUGUGGCUCAUGAGGACGACCACGCCUUUGAGCUCGAUGAGGCGGCGCUGGAGCGCAUCCUGCUGCAGGAGCACGUGUGCGACCUCAACGUGGUGGUGGUGUCGGUGGCCGGUGCCUUCCGCAAAGGCAAGUCCUUCCUGCUGGACUUCAUGCUGCGCUUCAUGUACAACCAGACAUCCUGCUCCUGGCUUGGUGGGCACGAGGAGCCACUGACGGGCUUCACCUGGCGGGGGGGCUGCGAGAGGGAGACCACGGGCAUCCUGGCCUGGAGCGAGGUGUUUGUGGUGGACAAGCCAGAUGGGAGCAAGGUUGCUGUUCUUCUAAUCGACACACAGGGGGCUUUCGACAGCCAAUCGACCAUCAAAGAUUGUGCGACGCUGUUUGCGUUGAGCACCAUGACCAGCUCUGUACAGGUUUACAACUUGUCUCAGAAUGUGCAAGAAGACGACCUUCAACAUCUCCAGCUCUUUACCGAAUAUGGAAGGCUGGCCUUGGAAGAAAUCUAUGAGAAACCCUUUCAGACUUUAAUGUUUCUUAUAAGAGACUGGAGCUACCCCUACGAGCAUCCCUACGGCUUGGAAGGAGGGAAGAGUUUCCUGGAGAAGAGAUUACAAGUGAAACAGAACCAGCACGAGGAGCUGCAGAAUGUCAGGAAGCACAUCCACUCUUGCUUCUCUAACAUUGGCUGCUUCCUCCUGCCCCACCCUGGCCUCAAGGUGGCCACCAACCCCAACUUUGAUGGCAGACUCACAGAUAUUGAUGAUGAUUUCAAGACUGAGCUAGUCAACCUAGUGCCAAUCUUGUUGUCCCCGGAGAACUUGGUGGAGAAAGAAAUCGGAGGAUCCAAAGUGACGUGCCGAGACCUUGUACAGUAUUUCAAAGCAUACAUGAAAAUAUACCAAGGGGAGGAGCUGCCUCAUCCCAAGUCAAUGUUACAGGCAACGGCUGAAGCCAACAACCUUGCAGCAGUUGCAGGAGCAAAAGACCUUUACAACAAAGGCAUGGAGCAGGUGUGCGGCGGCGACAAGCCCUACAUGGCCCCCGAUCAACUGGAGCGCGGCCACGCGAACCUGCGGCAGGUGGCGGUCAAACACUUCCGCUCGGUCAAGAAAAUGGGCGGCGAGGACUUCUGCCGGUGCUACCAGGAGCAGCUGGAGGCAGAGCUGGACGAGGCCUUCACCAACUUCAUCAAGCACAACGAUGGCAAGAACAUGUUCUACGCGGCGCGCACGCCCGCCACGCUCUUCGCCGUGAUGUUCGCCAUGUAUGUGGCGUCACUGGUCACGGGCUUCCUGGGUAUCAACACAGUGGCCACGGUGUGUAAUCUCAUUAUGGGCGUGGCACUGGCGGCGCUCUGCCUAUGGGCCUAUGUGAAGUAUUCCGGCGAGUUCCGCGAGGUGGGCAGCGUCAUCGACCAGGUGGCCGAGACCCUGUGGGAGCAGAGGACUCCACGAAAGAUCUUUUCCAAACUCUUUGAGGUGGCGAGGAGUCGAGUCCCGUUGGGUUCCUUGAUACCGGCCCAGAGAACGAGACUGGCCUCAAACAACAAUGUCAAGAAGAAAAACUAGCACCUGCUGUUUUUCCCCCUUCACUCGGUUUCCCAUGUCCAUUUUUAGGACUAUAUAUAAAUGUUUUCUUUUUUGGUAGCUCAUGGUCCCCAUGCCAUGCUGGUUUAGUAUUUAAAAACUGAAUUGUAUACCUGGUUCUCACCACAAAUGUAGAAUACAGGUUUGCACUUUCAUUGUUGAUUUGUUUUUUCUCAUUCCAUGUUGAGGGGAUUGUGGGGGCUAAGGGUGGGGUAGGGUGACAUCGGGUGCUUAAGUUUUAUUGUGUGUGUGCAUGAUAAGCUGCCACAAUUUUUGGUAUGGAUGAAUGUACGAACGAACAAAUUAAGCUUGCUUUCCUUUCCUCGCUCCUUUCUCUCCACCUCCAGUUGUUGUUACUGGUUUUAUCCUCUUUUCCCCCCUUUUCCUUUCGUCUGACAUAUUCCCCCUCCUUCUUCUUUUGUCUUUCCUACCAUUCUUGUCUCUCUCCCCAGGUGUUGAAGCCUCUUGGCGAUCACUAUAUGGAGGAUAACAUUAGGAGUGUGGUCGACACAGUCUCUGCUUGUCUGAGAGAGCAGGUGUCGCAGCACGCCAAGUUAAAGACAAAAUGAGAGACCGACGGUCCGCUGCCCACACGAACACUGCCCACCUGCCUGUAGAACCAAAGUUUACAGCUUUACCCUCUGUAAUUGGUCCUAGCUGCUCGUCACUUAAUUCGGGCACCAAAUGAGAAGGCGGCGUUACGAACGGUUGGCAGUGUGGGGAAGGAUGGGCCCGCCUCAUUUUCCUUGAUCAGACUGCUGAUUGGUUGUCUUGUGAGAUGUCUCACAAGUUUUGAGCUCAGUAGUUUUCAUUAGUGGUUGUCUGGGACAGGCAGCGUUUAGAGGACUGCUUAAGCCACCAUUUACUCCUUGUCUUGUCUGUAAGAACUUUCUCCAGCUUUCUCGUUUUCCUUCCCACUUGUCGGAGUGAAUGGACAUCAAUGUCAAAGAACAACCACUGCUCUGUUUCACUAACACUUUGCCAUUUUAUGAGACACCGUUACACACCGAUCAAGGUAUAGCUAGCUGUAGCCUGCCUAUCAGUUCAGCGUCACCCUCCCUUCACACCUCCCGCUACAUCUCUCAACCAGCUGCUCUUAAGGUUAAUCAUUUUGUAUUUUAGGAUUGUUAUUCUGUUGUGAUUAUUCCAUCCAGACCAUUACCGCCAAUGUGUGCUGUUUUGUACAGUUUAGUUUUUUAAACUCAUCCAAAAUGGGGCAUGUGUAUGAAAUAUACAUAUAUAAAUACAUUUUCUAUACCUUUUUUGUAGCUGGAAGAACAAUGGUUUCGUGGUAGGCCACUGUGUGCAGUUUACUGUAUGUAAAUGAAUGCUUUCGUGAUUUGUGUACAUGUCCAAUAAAUUCUUUUUUAUAUA